GUCGGGCCGUUGGGAGGGGAAGGUCUUUCGUUAAGAAAAGUGUUUUUUAUCAUUUUCUGAGAGAGGAAUUACUAUCGAUGUGAAAUAACCAACCAACUAUUACCUAUUAAGUGACUGGAAGUACAGUUUGACGCAUCGUAAAGAUGUCGACAUCAGCAAUAUAUAUAUUAGAUGUGAAGGGGAAGGUCUUGAUCUCACGAAAUUAUCGUGGGGACAUAGAGACUGGUGUUAUAGAGAAAUUCAUGCCCCUAGUGAUGGAACGCGAGGAGGAGGGAAAUCUGACUCCAAUUAUUCAAACCUAUGAAUGUACAUAUGCGUACAUAAAGUACAAUAAUCUUUAUAUUGUCUCAACUACCAAAAAGAAUGCCAAUAUUUCAUUAGUAUUUGUAUUCUUGCACAAACUGGUCCAAGUCAUGCAAGAGUACUUUAAGGAAUUAGAAGAGGAGAGCAUAAGGGACAAUUUUGUUGUCAUUUAUGAGCUCUUAGAUGAGCUGAUAGAUUUUGGUUAUCCACAAACUACAGAUAGUAAAAUUUUGCAAGAGUACAUUACCCAAGAGGGGCAUAAACUUGAAAUUCAACCGCGUAUUCCUAUGGCUGUGACUAAUGCUGUGUCUUGGAGAUCAGAAGGUAUCAAGUACAGAAAGAAUGAGGUUUUCCUUGAUGUAAUAGAAUCCGUAAACCUUCUUGCGAAUGCCAAUGGGAACGUAUUGAGUUCUGAAAUUGUGGGUGCCAUAAAAAUGAGAGUCUAUCUGUCAGGAAUGCCUGAAUUAAGACUUGGGCUUAACGAUAAGGUCUUGUUCGAGUCCACAGGACGUGGAAAAUCCAAAUCAGUAGAGUUAGAAGAUGUUAAAUUUCACCAGUGUGUCAGACUGUCUCGAUUCGAAAAUGAUAGAACAAUCUCUUUUAUUCCUCCUGACGGUGAAUUCGAAUUAAUGUCGUAUAGACUGAACACUCACGUGAAACCAUUGAUAUGGAUCGAAUCUGUAAUCGAACGACAUGCUCACAGCAGAGUGGAAUACAUGAUAAAGGCGAGAUCACAGUUUAAGAGACGUUCGACUGCCAACAAUGUAGAAAUAGUAAUUCCGGUACCAAACGAUGCAGAUUCCCCUAAGUUUAAGACCACUAUCGGAAGUGUCAAAUAUUCCCCAGAACAGAGCGCCAUAACUUGGUUUAUCAAGUCAUUUCCUGGAGGAAAAGAGUAUCUGAUGAGGGCACACUUUGGCUUACCGUCCGUUGUUGGUGAAGAUCUGGAGGGGAAACCGCCGAUUCAAGUCAAAUUCGAGAUCCCCUAUUUCACGACUUCUGGUAUCCAAGUACGUUACUUGAAAAUUAUCGAGAAAAGCGGGUAUCAAGCACUGCCGUGGGUACGGUACAUCACACAGAACGGGGACUACCAGUUGAGGACAAAUUAAAGAAGAAAAUAGAUAGAGAAGUCGAAACUAGUCGGUUUGCUACGCUUUGGUAUGCUUCCGAAUAUUUUAAACUAUUCCCUUUUAGCUACUUUCCCAAUUGAUUGUGGUCCGUAUAAAAGAUCGAGAUGUAUAGAUCGUAACAUUAUUGACAUUAGUGUUCCUUGAGUCAUUGUAAUUUCCCCUACAGUUUUAAUGCUCCUCUACAAUGUUGUAUAAAUCCA